AUGUCAGGAGAAGAAGAGAACGCAGCAGAGCUUAAAUUGGGUGAAGAUUUCAUCAAAGCAAAAUGUUUAAUGAAUGGAGAAGUUUCCAUGAUUUUAGAGCACAGAUUAGAGCAACUUCAACAGGUUUCUGAAGAUCCUUUAAAUCAGAUGCCUCAAGUUUUCGAAAAAUCUUUGCAGUACGUGAAGCGAUUCAGUCGUUACAAAAAUCCAGAUGCUGUGCGACAAGUUAGAGAAAUUCUUAGCCGACAUCAAUUAGCUGAAUUUGAGCUUGCUGUUCUUGGGAAUAUUUGCCUUGAAACUGUUGAAGAAGCUAUUGCUAUGGUCCCUUCUCUUGAUCUUGCUUAA